UUGAAAAUGGCGAUUUUGUCCAGGUUGAGUGCAUUUCGUUUUCGAUUACUACCGAGAGUGUUUCCAGACAACACGCCGUAGUGUCUACGUAAAGUGAAAAUUUGUGAAAAAUCGUGCAACAUAUUUGUAAAAAUGAGCGAGCUACAUCCAAAUUUGGUGGAAAAUGAAUUAGAAGCAAAAAGUGGUAUGCUUUUUCAAGAUGACGUCGAUCAUCCGAAUGAACAGAGCACUGCGUGCGCAUCCGAUUCGACGACGAAAACAAUCGAAGGUGAACUUCCGGCGAAAAAACGGAAAACGCGACGCGGGAAAUCCAAACGAAGACAUCCAUAUUUAAAAAAUCCAAGAAAAUCCAACAAAUUGGUUAAACCGGAGGCUCCACAUAACAGCAAUCAGUUUUUACUUGAAGAUCAUGCUAUAGUGGACGAUUUGGUUAAAAAUUUAAUGUCUCCAAAUACGUUAAGAACAAGGGAUUCUAGUUUUAGUGUAGAUUCUGAGGGAGAAUUUUAUUCCUCACCAGAUGAUGAACAGCAAUUUUUAAUUAAAGAUUUUGAUGACCAAUACGAAAGUCUACAAGCCGAAAGACUUCAAGGCAUGUCAAAGUCUGACCUAAUAGCCGAAUAUCUUGCACUUGAAAAUAAACUGGAACAAUUAACAAAAAGUCAACAGAAAGAAGAAGACGAUUCGGAAGAUUCUAGACCUGAUCUUAAACAAGAAAUAGAAAGACUCACCAUGGAAAACGAACGUUUAAGGCGAGAGAAUGAUCUUCUAAGAAACAAAGUAAACAUAGAGUCUGACUCGGAGGACUCAGAAACUGAUUCCAGUGAUUCUUGUAGCAGUUCGUCGACAUCCAGCAGCAACAGCUCCAGGAGUUCCAGCAGGUCUCGAAGCCCAAUAACCAAUAUUGACUAUAAGAAAACAAACGGCCUUCCCAAGGAAGAGCCAGUGCCGUAGGUUUUUAUAUUACAAAACAAUUCCCAGUGUUAAUUUUGCUCAUAUUAAGACUUUAUCUCGACGUUCAGCUCUUCCACAUAUGUUUUAUGAAAUGUUUUAUCUAAAAAAUUAAUAUAAAUAAUUGUUUUCCAAAAAAAAGUAAUGUCCAUAAUUUCAAAAAUCAAUUUUUGUUCACUGCCAAAUUUUUUAACUAGAAUUGCUAGGAAAUUUGUUUUAUUUUAAAUCUAGGAAUAUUCCAAAUAUAUAUAAUGUUAAAUUUCCAAUGUGUAUAAGCACAUAACGGUCAAAUAAAACAGGCCAGCCUUGGACAAUGUGGAAACCAGGAUAUGAAAAGUAAAACAUGCAUCACAAAAACCUUCAGGAAGUUUACAAUUACCACAGGUCAGAAGGCGAAGAUCUGAACAUAUAAGAUUUAACAAAGUAUUAAACAUCAUGUUUUCAAAUGAAACGACAUACAUCUUACAUUUUGGCAACAACCUACAUCACUUCGUUAAUAGUGUCUGAUUUUCAUUCGUGGCAAUUAUGCAGUUGAGUUCAGAAUAAUAUAUCCUUGAUUAAGAAUGGUAUUAUUUGUUGAGAAAAGAGCCUUUAUCAUUCAUCAUAGUAUUCCGAUUGUUUAGCGUUUAUAUAAUAAGCGAGGUUCCUACUGCCCUCUGCCGCUUC